AUACCAACCGCCAUCCAGAGACCACGGACACCACCUUUCGUUCGACGACCAGUACAUCGAUAGGCGAAUUCGUAAAUCGACAACACAACCGCAACCAUGGCUGACGAAUACAACGCCGAGGAGGCUGCCGAGAUUAAGAAGAGAAGAACCUUCCGCAAGUUCUCCUACAGAGGAAUCGACCUCGAUAACCUUUUGGACCUCAGCUCCGACCAGCUCCGCGAUGUCGUCCACGCCCGUGCCCGCCGCAGGAUCAACCGCGGUCUUAAGCGCCGCCCCAUGGGUCUGAUCAAGAAGCUCCGCAAGGCCAAGCAGGAGGCUCAGCCCAACGAGAAGCCCGACACUGUCAAGACUCACCUCCGUGACAUGAUUGUUGUCCCCGAGAUGAUUGGUAGCGUUAUUGGUAUCUACUCCGGCAAGGAGUUCAACCAGGUUGAGAUCAAGCCUGAGAUGGUUGGUCACUACCUUGCUGAGUUCUCUAUCUCAUACAAGCCUGUCAAGCACGGUAGACCCGGUAUCGGUGCCACCAACUCUUCUCGUUUCAUUCCCCUGAAGUAAGGAGGUUGUGGUCACUUGGGUGGUUUCUGCAUUCACGGACUGUUAUGGGCGAAAAGGACUGGUUUCGACGGAAAAGGCAAGAAAAGCCUCUGUCGAUUGUUGUUGAUGACUAUGGCGUACAUGGUAGUUCAAUAAAAUGCUAACAAUGUUCGCUUUUCUAAACGAACGCAUUAUUUAUUUAAGUGAAGUAGUGUACAAAGUAUUACGCUUCCAAGCCACCAACUCGGGUCGCUAGAACUCAUUAAAGAAUAACAUUAAAAAGAAGGGUCUUCCUCUCGUACAUUCAUUCAUAAUGAUGAAAAAAAGUCGCAUCGUCAAGGGUCGCUACGCAGCGGUAUUGACCAGCGUCGUUACAGAUAGGUUGUUGCUCUCGGCAAAUGAGUAGCGGUGUCUGAGUUGAGCGGAUGAAUCUGUCCCUUGACCAUAUAUCUUGCGUCUGCUGGAGUUGGUGAAUGCCGUGAGGCGAUCAACUGCAUUAUCGGCGGGGCACAGAGCACAACCAAACCCCAGCUUUGGUCUGUUGUAGUGGACAAAGAUCUCAUCACCAGCUCUGACAUCUUUGAUAAGCUUGACAGUCAUAUGAUUUCCUUCAAUACCGUCAGUCCAGUGCUGAGCAUUUGCACACGAGCGGCACGCAUGGUUAAUAUGUGAAGUCAGGGAGAAGACAUGUGCUCUUCCACGGUUAGGGUCCGAGAAGCCGUAGUCUCCAAUGAAUGACUCCAGACACUUGAUCUGUUUCUUAUCCAACGCAACUCUCCUACCGACAGGGACGCCCUUCAGUUUUCUGAAUCUAGAGACAAGCUCUUGCUGUUUAGAGACAGGCAACUUCUGCCACUCUGCUGCCACGGUCUUGUGUUGCUUGAAAUGCACACAAGAGAUGGCAGGCUUCUCAAUAAUGAUUCGAUGCCCUUUGGAUAGGUUAUGAGAGGCAAACACUCCCAAACCACGAUUUGUGCCGGUAUCACCAAUGUACACAACGUCGAAGUUUCUCAGUCUCAUCCCAGCAGUGUGUAGAGACUUGUCCUCUGUAAGGUAGGAAUUCUGUGACGUAGAGAUGUUGGAAAUGGAGGUCCACCCACUAAUAGAGCCUUUCUCUCUUGGGUACUUGGCAA